CAAGAAAAAAGCCGUGGAAUGAUUCGUCUUAUGUCCUCCAUGAAACCAUCUCGGAGACUACAGGUGGAUCGUGCUCCCAGCAUUAAGCUGCGAGGCGGUGACGGGGCCCAAGGUGACGAAGCUGACAGUCACAGCAUCUCAGCACCAGAAGAGACACAGCUUCAAGUCAAGCUCUUGAAAGCCGAGCUCCAUGAUCAGAUGGAAUUACACCGAAGUGAGCUCUACUCCUGCAAGCAGUCUGCCCAGGAGUUGUCUGCACAUCGCACCAGGUCAGAGGCGUGUAUCUCGAAGUUGGCCCAGCAGGCAGCCCUGGAAAGCAGCCUCGCAGAAAAGAACUUCAAUGCCCGUUUGGAAAGCGAGCAGCGGAUGUGGAUGGAGGAGCGCCGGCGCAUGCGCUCAGCACACCACCGUUCUCUCAACAGUGAAAAGGAAUCGAUGGAGCAGUUGAGGAGACAGGCGUCAGAAGAGCUCGCUGCAACAAAUCGAAGGCUUGAGAUCGAGGCGAGGGAAGUAAGAGAGGCACGGAGUCGACAAAGGGCAGCGGAGGGAAAGCUAAAGAGAUCGGAGCAAAAGCAGGAGUCUCACACGAGCCUUAUUCGAGGCGAAGCUGUAGAGGCAGAGGUUCAUGCUGAACGACGGCAAGAAGUUGCUGCGCUGGAGGCAUCAAGGCUUCAAGCCUCACUGGUGGAAGCAGAACACCAGGUGCAAAGGCAGCAGGCCAUGGCGAGGCUUCAAAACGAGAUGGCCCUGAAGGAGCAGAACUCGAUGACUUUGGAACUCCGUGCUGCCGUUGAGGAGGUGAAAUUGGGACAUAUGCAUGAAGAAGAACUCCUGAAGGUAUUGUCUUCCGAAGAAGCAUAUGCGUCCAGAGUGCACCAAGGUUGGCUGGAAUAUUGGCUGAGGGCAAGUGUUAGAAAGUAUGAAAGACCUAACAAGGAAUCUUGCUGUAAUUUCAGUGACUCCGUUCUUUAG